AUGAGCCAAUCAAUAGUUGAAUUCCUCGACGAGGAGUGCCCUCCCAUGGAAGAUAUAUUCGGAACCAACGAUGCGACAAAUCAGCCGAGACGACCUAGAAAGAAGCUAAAACAAAUGCUGACAUCGGUUCCAUUUUUCCUUCUACUGGGGCACCUUGUCCUCUCGGGUUUGACCAUAACAUUCAUCACGCAAAACGAUCGUAUUUCGUUCCAAUCUCAGUUCAAAAGUUAUGCCGAUCAAUUGUUGGACAGUUUUCGUUCCAAGUUCCUCGGUGAUUUUCUCAUCUUGGAUGCGCUAAGUAUCGAAAUAAGCUCGCAAGUUGCUCACGGCAAUAUGAUUUGGCCAAUGGUCACAAUACCCGACUUUGCAGAAAUCGCUGGGAAUGCACGAAAACAGCUAAAAGCCGAAACCUUGGGACUCCUUCCAGUCGUAAAGGGCAACCAACGGGAAGAAUGGGAACAAUAUGUCAUGCAAAAUCAUGAAUGGAUUCGAGAAGCCAAACUAUGGGAGAAAAGUAAAGAGGAGUCACCAGCGAUGGAGGCUGCAGAACAAGAUAUUCCUGGAGCUAGGAGUGAAGGAAAUGAUAGGGGCCUGCUAGAAGAAGGAAGUCAUAUCUCAUCAAGCAAUAAUGGGUCUACGCCAGCAAACUUUUCAUCAGGAAUAUCCAGCAAAAUUUUCACACUUUCCAAAGAUGGAGAAGCGAUUGUCGAUGAAGGUUCAGGUCCCUUUACGCCUAUUUGGUUGACGUCUCCAGCUCCACCAGAGACCAAAAGCAUCAACUACAAUCUACUUUCGCAUCCCACAUUUUGGCAGGCAAUUGAUAGCGCUGUGGAUAGUCGUGAUGCAGUGCUAAGUAUGGUAUUGAAUAUUGAAUCCAAACAUGAAGUGGUGACUGGAACUCCAACAAAAUAUGAGUACGAUCCCAUUAGUGCCAUUUACUACCCGGUUUUCGACAAUAAUUCAGAGGACCGUGAGCUUGUUGGUCUCUUGGUAUCAGAGAUCGCUUGGACUCACUUUUUCGAAGACGCUCUGCCGAAAUCUGCAAAGGGAUUAGUUUGUGUGGUGGAAAAUGCGUGUGGCCAGACGUUCAGCUACAAAGUUGACGGAGGAUCUGCCACCUUUCUUGGUCGUGGCGAUCUACACGAUCGAUCAUUAGAUGAUAUGGUGAUUACAAAAGGGAUCUCCUUCUUCGUCGAUGUACCAGGCGAUUUUUCAGCUGCACCAUUUGACUUCGAGCACUGCCCGUUUGACAUCAACGUCUACCCAUCCACUGAACUAAAAGAACAACAUGCUUCUCCACUGGAGCUUGUGUUUUGGUCCGCUGUGAUCAUAUUGGCUUUGGUUGGCUUCGCUGUAUACCAAAGGAAGUACAAAAAUACUACAGACAAUCAAUCGAUUGUUAUACUGCAAAGAGAUUUCGAAGCAGACAAGGGAGAGGCAUCAUUGGUCGAGAAGGCAAAUUCAGCCAUGCAAUCCGCCCUUUAUAAAUUAUCAGGUCGACAUGGUAUUUCAACAAGCAAGUUCAGGGCCACCACGAAGAAGAUGCCAUCGCAAUUCGAAGACAUGGAGCAAGAAGAAGAUUCAAUGUCCUAUGCGACAGUGAUGUUUGCAGAAAUUGCUGGGUUCCGCAGAUGGAGUGAGGGAAAGGGACAAGAAGAAAAGGAAGAAAUCAUCAAUUCUAUUGUUAACAUAUUUGGUGCCACUGCAGAUCAACACGGCAUUGGUCAAUUUGAGACUGUUGGUCAUUGCUUUGUUGCGAUUUCGGGAAAGAAGGAAGCAGGAAGUGAACAUGCAUCGGCAAUUGUUCACUUUGCUGCCGAAUCUCGAACUAAAAUGAUGGAACUCUUCAAGAAAAUGUCUGCUCCAGAGCUAUCCAUGAGAUUUGGCUUGAAUAGUGGAUACCUCCAGACAGAGGAUCAGAGGUAUCUAGUAUUUGGUGACACGGUUGAAACAGGACGGCAUAUGUUGAAGAAGGGAAAGCCAAACAAGAUUCACGUGUCGGUUGAUACUGCCGAAUUAUUGAAUCUAGAAGGCAAUUCCAACUGGCUCUCGCCACGCAGCCAUCCUGUGGUCAUCAAAGGAAUUGGCAGCAUGAAUUCGUUCUGGAUCAAGACGAAGUACUUCCAAUCCGAAAAUUCUAUGGACGUCCUGGAUGAUAUGUCAACGGCCACAGGGUCGACAAUAGGAACACUAGGAGAAGAAGAUCUUUGGGAUGAAACAACUCGCGGUAACAGCACCGAUCCAAAGCAAAAUUUCGACGGCCGAUUGAAGAAAAUUGUUGAUCGUAACGUCAUGAUGCUACUUGGCUAUUUGAAAAAGAUUCAAGCAAGGCGAAUCACAAUGCAAAAGCUAUCCCCAAGGAUCAACAAAAGGACAGAAGCAGAGAUCAACGUUGGGGAAAACAUGAUUGAAGAGGCCAGGGAACUUGUCAUGUUGCCAAACUUUGAUUCCAAUCUUGCAGCAAAUAUGGUCAACAGUGAUCUUGUGGUGCUACCAGAAAAAGUUGAAAAGGAACUACGGCUCUACGUCUGGUCCAUCGCUUCGAGCUAUCAUGCAAAUGAAUUCCACAACUUUGAACACGCUACCCAUGUUUCCGUAUCUAUGAACAAGAUGCUACAGAAGCUUUCGACCACAAGUGCUGCCGACAAGACUUACAUUGGCUUUGGUGGAAAGCGUUCGACUACAGCAGAGCUUGCCGCCGAGUUGGACAAUCGUUCCUUUGGAAUUGCUUCCGAUCCACUGACAGAGUUUACCUUGAUGCUUUCAUCAUUGGUACACGAUGUGGAUCACGCUGGAAUCUCCAACUAUCAGCUAAUCAAAGAAGAAUCUCCGCUGGCGAGUCUAUACAAAAACAAAAGCGUUGCGGAACAAAACUCGGUGGACAUUUCUUGGUGGCUGUUAAUGACACCAAACUUUUCAUCGUUACGAGAAGCUAUUUACUAUGAUGCCUCUGAGAAGCGUCGAUUCCGUCAGUUGCUGGUCAACUGUGUGGUUGCAACAGACAUUAUGGAUCGAGAUAUGAAGGUACACAGAGAUCGGAGAUGGGCCAAAGCUUUCAAAACAUCCAAAACUACCACCAAAUUGUUUGAGACGAUUAAGUCGAAAGACUUGCAAGCUACUGUAAUGAUUGAACACAUGAUCCAAGCAGCAGACGCUGCUCACACAAUGCAGAAUUUCCGCACAUACUUGAAAUGGAACGAACGGCAAUUUGAGGAAAUGAACAAAGCCUUUCAUGAUGGUCGAGAAGACAUGGAUCCAGCUGGGAAUUGGUACAAGUGUGAGCUGGCCUUCUUUGACAAGGUUGUCAUUCCACUGGCCAGGCGCCUGAGGGAUUGUGGCGCAUUUGGCGAGGCUGGGGGUGAGUACUACAGAAAUGCCAAAGAAAAUCGAGACAUUUGGCAAUCGAAGGGAAAGGGUAUAGUAAAAAGAAUGGUGAAGAGCUACGCUCAGAAAGUGGCUGCUGCGCAGGAAGAUACGAUUGUCUUUUCCUAG